GUGGCAGGAGUGAGCGGACCGUCGCUGCGUUGCUGCUGCUUUUUUCCUUCACAACUGUUCCUCCCCAUGAUGAAGCGUUCCUGCUGAAGCAGCGGUGUGGCGGCUUGGAAGAGGAGGAACUCAUCUGCGAGCUGCAGGAUCCUUUCAGUGGUUCUGACUAAACUGGAACCAAAUGGAAGAGACUACCAGGCAACUGGGGACUACAGCAAGUAUAAAGUGAAAUGUUGCUUGUGGAUCUCUUGGAUUUUUCAAAUUUCUUUCCGGUCUCAUUUUCCCUUCAUGGGCUUUUUAUUGGAGCAAAUGGGAGAGAUCCAUUGCAUGCUUAGCUCAGCUUUUCUUCAAUCCAGCUGCUGAUCAUUUGGACCCAUUACUUCAGUCAACUGGACUUUUUCCACACUCGCAACGCCCUCCGAUUUACUGAAACUGCUAAAAUCGAAGUGAGGAUUUCCGUGACAGAUUGACGAGGCGGGAGGAGGGCGCAUGUUCAUUCGGCUGCUGCCAAGAAAAUGCCAGCCAUCCUGGUGGCCUCAAAGAUGAAGUCAGGACUCCCCAAACCCAAGCCGGUGCACAGCGCCGUGCCCAUCCCUCAGGCUCCCAGCCGGCCGUCGGUUCUCGCUCUGCCUCCAGCUUCCCUGAAGACCCACAUCCCCGCACGGGGCCAGCACUCGACCCCCCAGAGAAGCAAGGCUGCAGAGGCGCAAACUGACGGAAGCCCACAGAUCUACACGGACUGGGCCAACCACUACCUCGCCAAGUCGGGACACAAGCGUCUCAUCAAGGACCUCCAAACGGACGUGACGGACGGAGUCCUGCUGGCUGAUAUCAUACAGGUCGUAGCCAAUGAGAAGAUUGACGACAUCAAUGGCUGUCCCAAGAGCCGCUCUCAGAUGAUUGAGAACAUAGAUACCUGCCUCAGCUUCCUGGCAGCCAAAGGCGUCAACAUCCAGGGUCUGUCUGCAGAAGAGAUCCGCAAUGGGAAUCUGAAAGCCAUCCUCGGCCUCUUUUUUAGCCUGUCCCGCUACAAACAGCAGCAGCAGCAGCAACAAAGCUUCCAGCCCGGUCUCCCCCCCACGGCACAGGCUCAGAGCGGUCACCCCCCCCUCAGCCACCAGAGCAGCGCCCCGGCUCAGCUCAGCCAGUCUCCGCAUGGGACUCUCAUCACCACUGCUCCGAAAUCAGCCCAGUCCGAGAUGCAGUCCAGGGAUGCGAUUCAGAGUAAACUACUCAAGUUUUCCAUUGGUCAAAAAAAGUCCUCUAGGCUACCUGGCCCCACAACAAGGAUGUCCACUGCCAGCAGUGACUUUCUUCCCCGAGGCUUGGUCGGUUCUUCUGGGAACAGACGCAGCCAGGCCUUCAGUGACAAGACCAAAGCCAGCGCUCACCUGAACAAAGAUUCCUCGGAUUCUUUAUGUGAGCACGCUCCAUCACCAGCGCUGACCACCAGCUCUCUGUCGUCCUCCACAGCCAUCCCCCAGCCCAACAGCGGCAGCAAACCCUGGAGGAGCAAAUCCUCUAGCUCCAAGCAGGCGUCUUCUCAGACUCCGUCCUCCACCGCCCCCCCCUCGUCGGCCAUGCAGUCCAGCAAACAAGACAAAGACGUGGCCGGUAAGGCCGCUUCAGGAACCGAGGCUCCUCCCAAACCUGCUGCUCAGAGGUCGAUGCUGGAGAAGCUUAAGCUCUUCAACAGUAAAGGAGGGUCAAAAUCCUCUUUGACUUCCUCCUCCUCCAAUGGAGUGGGACCCCAACCAGACUGUGCCGCCCCAGCCAGGAGGUCAGGAGCAACAACGGUGGAAAAAUCGGAAUCCGGCUCCGUUACCGACCCCCUAGAGGAGGAUGAAGGAAACCACCGGCCAGGAUUGAAUGGAACCAGCAACGGGGUGGCGGCGCCCUCAGCUGGCACUACGACUGCCAGCAGUCCCAAGAUUGCUCUCAAAGGCAUCGCCCAACGCACUUUUAGCCGAGCUCUGACCGCCAAAAAGAGCUCUGCCAAAGGCCCCGAUAAAGACAAAGACAAGGAGCGGGGGAAGGAGAAGGGGAAGGAGGUGAGGAAGCAAGGCCCCGACCGGCCGGAACUCAGAGGAGAGGAGUCCAAGGUGGAAGCGACGUCUGUUCCUGCAGAUGCUGAUGUCUCAAACAAAAGAUCUUCCAAAAUUGCCAGUUUCAUCCCUAAAGGAGGGAAAGUGGCCAAAAAGGAGAGUUCUGCCCCCGCCCACAGCGGAAUACCAAAGCCAGGGAGCAAAUCUCAAGGGGGGAAGGCUUCUUCAGUCAAGGAGUCGGGGGAGAGGCCCCGGAGCAUGCGGCUCGGAGGGGGGCUGGUUAUGCACCGUGGGGCCCUGGACAGAGACCGGGACAGCAGACACUCCAGCUCUACCUCCAGCCUGGCCUCCACAGAGGGGAAACCCAGCGGGCCCAACGCGGGCGGAGCAGGAAGCACCCAGAGCACAGCCAGCAACACCGUCAGUGUGCAGCUACCUCAGACACAGCAGCUCCACAGUCACCCCAACACCGCCACCGUCGCCCCCUUCAUGUACAGAUCCCAAACAGAUGGAGACGGAACCGAGGACGGCGAGAACAGUUCUGUGGGAGGAAGUGGAGACGUCUCCUGCGCCAAAACCAACCAUAACCCCAUGGAAGACCUUUCAGGUGAAGAUCCAGAAACGAGACGGCUGCGUACUGUCAAAAACAUAGCAGACCUGCGGCAAAACCUGGAGGAGACCAUGUCCAGUCUGCGAGGAACUCAGGUCACACACAGCAGCUUGGAAACCACCUUUGAUGGCAGCAUCACCACAGACAUCAGCAGCAGUGCCGGCAGCAACAACACCAGCGCAGGCAGUCGAAGCAUCCUCAGCCUUUCCUCCUCCCGCCCCUCACUGUCCCCGUGGAGGUUGGGCCAGUCCAGCCCUCGUCUGCAGGCAGGCGACGCUCCCUCUCUGGGUAACGGCUACGGCGCUCGGAUGGCUGGAGGACAGGCGGGGCGCUACCUGUACCCCGGGCACCUCCGGAGGCAGCUGGCUGGAAGGGGCGGAGCCCUCUGCAGCUUGGACCUCGGCGACAGAGCUGCGGAGGACAUCGAGCUGGACGGGAUCGCCAUGGAGGUGACGGGAUACAUGAGCGACGGAGACGUGCUGAGCAAGAAUGCUGUGCGGACUGAUGAUGUCACCAGCGGCUACAUGACGGAUGGGGGAUUGGGUUUGUACACCCGCCGGAUGAACCGACUGCCGGAUGGCAUGGCUGUCGUACGAGAGACGCUCCAUCGAAACACGUCGUCGGGACAGGGAGACGCUGACAGCUGGGACGACAGCAGCUCCGUGAGCAGCGGCGUCAGCGACAACAUCGACACGGAUGACAUCAACACCAGCUCCUCUAUUUCCUCCUACACCAACACGCCGGCGGCACAGCGCAAGGGCCUCAACGCACAGCCAGUUACAGAUGCAGAGAAGCACUCCGCAGAGGUCCACCAAGCCUGGGCGGGGGACGAGGUGAAGAAGCCGGUAGAAGGGUCGGACGGCGGGGUUAGGAUGGACUCCAAAUUACACCGCAGGAACCCUUACACCGCCGACGGGUCGGAUAAGAGCGGCUCGGGACGGAAGACCCCUUCUGUCUCCCACACGGGCUCCUGGAGAAGAGGCAUGAGCACCCAGGUGGGGGUGACUUCACCUCGGACUCAAAGCACAAGUAGCACCGGCUCCACGGGUUCAACGGCCCUCAAGGGCCACAGUUCAGGUAAAACCGAUGAUGUGAAAGUUUCAGAAAAAGGACGCCUGUCUCCUCAAUCAAACGGCCUCCACCGCUCGCCGUCGGACGCCGGACGCAGCAGCGGAGACGAAACAAAAAAGCCAUCCGCCCCCACCAGCCGCCCAUCCACCACAAACACUGCCUCCGACCCCCCCGCGCAGAUGCACACCCUGGUUUCACGCACCCCAACCAGCACUUUUGGCUUCAAGAAGCAAGGCCCCGGAGUGGUAACCAUGGUUACUGCAAGCGGCGCCACCAUCAGCAGUGGCUCGGCCACUCUGGGGAAGAUGCCCAAAUCCGGGGGGCGCUCGCUGACUGGAGGUCUGAAGUCCAGCGGGCCGGACGGAAGCUCAUUGUUGGGUCACCAUGACGACGGCUUCCUCCCCAUGAGUGCCCGCUCCACUCUCCAGUACCGCAGUUUGCCGAGACCCAGCCGCUCGGGAGCCGCGGCGCGCAACGGAAACCGCUCCUCCACCAGCAGCAUCGAGGCGGCGGUGCUGUCUGUCACCUCUCAUGGGAAGAACUCCCUCAGCAUCAACAAGCCGGGCAGCUCGGGGGGGCCGCUGACCAAUCAGACGGACAGAGAGAAGGGGGGGGCGGAGAAUGCAACUGUUCCUCUGACAGGAAGACAGCAGGUUUCUUCACCAACACUGCGCAGGUUAUUUGGUGUAAAGCCCAGUAAACAGGCUCCUGUCACCACAGCGGAGAACAUGAAGAACUCCACUGUCAUCUCAAACCCCCAUGCCACCAUGAACCAUGUUGCUACAGUCCUGGAGACCCCUGAUGGAGGCGGGGCAGGUGGGGACCCUGAGGCCAGCUGCCCUCUAACUGGAGGCAGAACGCUGGGUUCAGGGACCGGCACGCUGGGCAGUGAGCAGGCCUCCAGUCCCGGAUCGGUCUACUCCUCCACUGGCCCCUCCAACAGCCUGACGUGGGGGACGACCUUCAGCGGCUCCUCUGUCCCAAGCAGGGAGGGCACUCUGGGCGGACACGGAGGAGCGGGCAGCAUGGGCUUCCCCUCCGUCAGCAGUAUGCACACGAGCAGCGAGUCCAUCGACAUGAGCCUGAGCAGCGCCGGCGGCCAUGGGAACCACAGGGAGGACACCCUGUCUGCUCUGGGGCGCACUGCCAGCGUCAAAGCCGGCAUGUCUGAGAGUCCCCUCUCCUCCCCCUCUGCUAGCCCCAUAUUCAGCCGAAACACUCUUCCCCGGAGACAGGACAGCGGGCCACACUGUGGUAGAAACACUCUUCCUAAGAAGGGAUUCAGGUACGGCCCGUCACCUCAGCUGCGAGGCCACGAAGACGCCCGUGACUGGCUGCGGUCCCACUCCACCAGCGGCCUGCAGGACUCUGCUAGCAACUCCCCGUUCUCCCCUGGAUCCAGUCUCACCUCCCCCUCUGGCACAAGAUUUAACUUCGGACAGCUGGCAUCUAGCCCAACCUCAGCGGCUCAGAUCAAUCUUGCUAGUUUGCGCACCAACAGCCUGACCAAUCAGGAUGCAGCGUUUGAACCCUGCAACGACAACCGGCUGAGGAACUCCUGCAUGUCACUGGAUGAAAAGACUCGCACGAUGAGCCGAUCUGGAUCCUUCAGGGACGGCUUUGAAGAAGUUCAUGGAUCGUCUCUGUCUCUCGUCUCCAGCACUUCUUCCAUUUACUCCACGAAUGAGGAGAAGUCUCAGUCAGAGAUUCGUAAGCUGCGCCGAGAGCUGGACGCCUCCCAGGAAAAAGUUUCCGCCCUGACGACACAGCUGAGUGCAAAUGCUCACCUGGUGGCGGCGUUCGAGCAGAGUCUGGGCAACAUGACCCUCCGGCUGAAGAGUCUCACCUUGACUGCAGAGCAGAAGGACUCCGAGCUCAACGAACUUCGGAAGACCAUCGAACUCUUGAAGAAGCAGAACGCUGUCGCUCAGGCCGCCAUCAACGGAGUCAUCAACACGCCUGAACUCACACCCAAAUGCAACCGGACAGGUGGUAAUAAUGGCAGUCCGCAGCAGCAGCAGCCAGACCUGCGCAUCAGGCGGCAGCACUCCUCCGACAGCGUCAGCAGCGUCGCCAGUGCAACCAGCCACUCCAGCGUUGGCUCCAACAUGGACGCUGAUGCUAAAAACAAGAAGAAGAACAAGAAGAACUGGCUUCGGAGCUCCUUCAAACAAGCUUUCGCCAAGAAGAAGUCUCCCAAAUCCGCCUCUUCUCACUCAGACAUCGAGGAGAUGACAGACUCGUCACUGCCGUCCUCCCCCAAGCUGGCUCACAACGGCACCUCGGCCACCUCCCACAUGCUCAGGAGCACUCACUCCAACUCUCUCCUCUCAGAGUGUUUGGACAGCGAGGCGGAGACGGUGAUGCAGCUGCGGAGUGAGCUCCGGGAAAAGGAGAUGAAGCUGACUGACAUCCGCCUGGAGGCUCUCAGCUCUGCACACCAGCUGGACCAGCUCCGGGAAGCCAUGAACCGCAUGCAGCUGGAGAUUGAGAAGCUGAAAGCAGAGAAUGACCGACUGAAGCUGGAGAAUCAGGGGAGCAAGACGGGUUCCCAGGUCUCCAUCUCCUCCUCUCCACCGCCUCACACACACAGUCAGCCUGCAGCGCCUGGCCCAGGACUCUCUCAGCACAGCCUGAACCUGACCUCCAGUGAAUCCACCAGCCUGGACAUGCUGCUGGAUGACACCGGCGGUGAGGGAGCAGCCAGGAAGGAGGGUCGCCACGUGAAGGUCGUCGUCAGUCUGGAUGAAGGAAGCAAGUGGGGAGAGGCGAGCCAGCCUCAUCGCUUUCUGAUCGGUUGCAUCGGAGUUUGUGGAAAAACCAAGUGGGAUGUCCUGGACGGUGUUGUACGGCGCCUCUUUAAGGAGUACAUCUCCCACGUGGACCCGGUGAGCCAGCUCGGCCUCAGCACUGACAGCAUUCAGGGUUACAACAUCGGGGAAGUCCACCGGCCCAGCAGGCCCAGCACCACCAGCACGCCGGAGCUGCUGCCGUGUGGAUACCUGGUGGGAGACAACUCCAUCAACAUCCAGCUGAAAGGUGCGAGCAGUGAGAGUGUGGACUCUCUGGUGUUUGAGACGCUCAUCCCCAAGCCGGUGCUGCAGCGCUACGUCUCCCUGCUGAAGGAGCACAGGCGGGUCAUUCUGUCCGGCCCGAGCGGCACGGGGAAGACGUACUUGGCCAAUCAGCUGUCACGGCAUCUGCUGCUGCUGGAGGGCCGACCUGUGACCCCAAAUGCUGUGGUCACUUUCAACGUGGACCACAAGUCCAGCAAGGAGCUGCAUCAGUAUCUGGCAGCUUUGGCAGAGCAGUGCAGCAGUGCUCCAGAAGCAGACUGCCCUCUAGUGGUCAUCCUGGAUAACUUGCAUCACGUCGGCUCACUGGGCGAGAUCUUUAACGGCCUGUUCAACUGCAACCACCAACGCUGCCCUUACAUUAUUGGCACUAUGAGCCAAGCCACGUCCUCUUCCCCCAACCUGCAGCUUCAUCACAACUUCAGGUGGGUGCUGUGCGCCAACCACGUGGAGCCGGUGAAAGGGUUCCUGGGUCGCUUCCUGAGGAGGAGACUAAUCGAGACGGAGAUUGGGAGCAGGUCGCGCAACGUGGAGCUGGUGAAGAUCAUCGACUGGAUUCCGCGCGUGUGGCAACACCUCAACCGCUUCCUGGAGACUCACAGCUCCUCGGAUGUCACCAUCGGGCCCCGCCUCUUCCUGUCAUGCCCCAUGGAUGUGGAGGGGUCCAGGGUUUGGUUCACUGAUCUCUGGAAUUAUUCCAUCAUCCCGUACAUGCUGGAGGCUGUCCGUGAGGGGCUGCAGCUGUACGGCCGCAGGGCACCAUGGGAGGACCCUGCAGCCUGGGUGAUCGAGAGCUGCCCGUGGUCGACCACUCCCCCUCCCGGUGACUGGCCCCCACUCCUGAAGCUCCGCCCAGAGGACGUCGGGUUUGACGGUUACUCCGCCCCGAGGGAAGGAAUGCGGAAGGAGCCCGCCCAGAGCGACAGCGACGCAGACCCGCUGAUGAGCAUGCUGAUGCGUCUGAAAGAAGCUGCUACGUCGUCCAGCCCGCAGAGCUACGACAGCGACUCCAACAGCAACAGCCACCAGGAGGACAUCCUGGACUCGUCCUUAGAGUCCACCUUGUGAUGCCGUCAAAGCACAAAGGACGCGAACACUCGAGAACUCUUUACUGACCGGAUCGUUUUAUAGCCCAGAAAUGCAGCCGCCUUGAUUUGGGUGCAGGUAACCCAAACCGUAAAGGAUCCAAGAGUUAAAAAGACCAGACUUUCUGCCGUUUCUGUCCUUUUCACCGCUGUUGCCGUGGCUCCUUCGUUAGGAGCUUCAAAUCUUCUUCAGCCAGACUGAAGGAAAGCACCCAGCCCGUCCUCAUCGAUGGGGCGCCGCGUUGCCAUUAUCAUCAUCACCAGCGAUUCGGCUUCCUUUAACACCAGUCCGAUCAGACGGAGAUCUUUUGCUCUUCUAAGCUGCACUGGAUGAACGCCGCCUGAAGAGGGCAGCACUGGCUUUAUGACCUUCUGAUGGACAGACCGGCAGUUCCUUCCUCCAUAACAUCCAUGUUAUCCCAGAUGAAGCCAAGCAUUGUUUGAAAUCACUCUUCAGUUCCUACGACUUUCUCCUGGAGGAUGUGGUGGUGACAUCAUCCCUGCAUGCAGGCUGGGGGGUUCCUCUUCAUCUGUCAAGUGCCUCGGCUGCUUAAUUUAAGGAAAACUGAAUCUGGAGCUGCUGCAGCUUGAAUAAUGGGACAACAGCACCUCUACAGUCUUGAAGCUCAAAAAAGUAUUUUUGGAUGAAAGCCUUUAAACUCAAAAGAGCCAUGUUUGUCCUUUUCCUAAUGACAGCUUAAAGCUCAUCAGUCACAGUUUUUACCACUGCAAGAUAAAUACGUUUGUCAGAGUUA